AGGGCUGCAUCCUCACAUCAUCCUUCCAAGAUGCCGGGAAGAACUCGCCCAGUUGAGAAGAUUGCCAAAGCUUCAGCCCAAUGCUCCGUAGAGGUUGCGGCAUACGGCAAGUGUGUUGUUACGGAUUACAACUCCGUACAUAAAGAUAUGUGUGCCAAAGAGUUUAUGCGAUUGAAGAAUUGCUACCUGGUAGGCAGCAUCCAAAAAGGGCUAAAGAAUGGUUCCUUGAACGUAUAUGUUGGUAGCAUCAAAGACAUCGAAAGCACUCAAAGAUUUGGAGCUGUUUGGGUAUGGCGGCGCAAGCAGGAGCAUUUGUAA